AUGCAGGACUUCUACGACAAGUACUUUGAGGCAAUCUGCACGAAUCAGUGCGAAGAUCCUCUGAUUCUGCAAUUGCGCAAGGCCGUGGAGUCUCUUGAUGAUAGCAACUACGAACAAGUCAACGCCGACGUCGUGUCCCUCUUGUCAGAGCUGCCGCCGAUGAUCGACAAGCCAAAGAACGUCGACGGACUCAUGUUCGUCCUAACCAAAGCCACGAGCAACCGAGCAAAGAGUCAAAGUUCAGACGAGAUGGCGAGUCUGGCUGUGAUGUUGCACAAGUCGAACAUCAACGCGCCGCAACAUAGCAAGGCAGAAAGCGCAGCUUUGAGUCUCGGCAUGCCCGCUGGCUUCAUCCCUGAGCCAAACAACCCUUAUUACGCCGCCCAUCUGACACUGGCAAACGCCGCCAUGCGCAUGUUCAAGGUCUGCAAAGGAGCGCAAAUCGCCGCGCAGAGGUGGAAGGAAGCCAUGAUCCACCAGGGACUGCUCUUCCGCGACUGGAUGCGAAAGACCACCAACCCAAAGCAUGGCUUUCGGCAGCUGGGUCGGGAUCUUCGUCACAUGUGGGAGUUGUUGGACAACGGACGAGCCGGAUGGAGAUUCAUUGAGCUUCCACAUCAUUUCUACCAUGACGUCCUUCCUCGCCUGACGGACUUCGUCAACACCCUGCAAGAAGUCGCUGUCGCUACUCAGAACCAGCUUCUGAGGAAGGCAGUCAGCACGGCACACGAGAUUGGAAAGAGACUGAACUUGUUCCAGCGGUUCAGAUGGGAGGCGGAAGAGGCUUGUCGGCUGCACUACGAGAAGCAGAGGGCGAAGACCGAUGCCAAGACCGAGGAGGACAUGCGCGCUUUGAUGGAGCAAAUGAGCUUCUAUGGCAAGACUACAGACGCAGAGCAACUGAACGGCGAGGGUAUGGACGUCGAUGAGGGUCCUGGCUGCUUCGAGUUGGAAGACCUAAAGGCGCUGAUGGAGAAGGAACACACUGACAUGGAGGGCACUGGAGCCACAGCCGGAGACGAGGAGGUCGACUACCUAGACUUGGACGUGUAG